AUGAACUAUGACAAUCACCGAGACCGCGUGAAGCUCAUGCACAUGAAGAACAACAUCGCGAUCGCGAAGGUCACCCAUGCUGGUCGCAGCUAUGCAGCACAAAGUGCUCAGGCAUACGGCGUGACCGAAAGUGGCACAAAGGCCAUGGGGGGCUGGAAAGAAAACGGCGCGUUUCGCCAAUGCUACGAGCGCACCUUCCCCGUGGAUGCGUUGCUCGGGGCCGCGAACUUCAAUGGCCGGAAACCAGAGAUGUACUCACUCCCACGUGACAUGCUAGAGCCCCCUCAGGAGGUCCUGUCGCAGCUCUUCCCAUGGGUCGAAUGGGAGCAGGCAGCGCUCGAGGAGCGUGCGCGAGCUGACACACGAGCACAGGAUCUGUCCCUGCACCAGUUUCUCAGGGUCCUCAUCUGGUUUCGGCGUGUUCUCCUGCAAGAUGCGGCCAUUCUGUGCUCAAUGGAGGUGGAAGAGCAUGCCCGGCAUGCUUACCGCAACCUGCCGGAGCACCUGGUCGGCAGUCUUCGCGGUGCAACAACCACCGUGCUGCUGGAGCAACAGCGACAAUACGAUGAGAACAGCCGCAGCCUCGCAGACAUGUCAGACUGCAUGUUGAAGAUGGAGGGCCUCCUCGAGUCCUUUGUCAACUCAAAAUCGCGAUCGUCGUGUCGUGGCAGGCAAAAACAAGAACUCCAGGCCACAAGCAUGACAGCCGUUGUGCAGCCAAUUAAUUUCCCACUGGUCCCACCAAUGGCGCCGGCGCCAGUUCCGAACAUCACCAUCAACUUGGCCGGCCUGCCUCUGGACGUCAGAACUGGCCCAGUCGAGGAGGCAUCCCAGUUGCCAAGCGAUGGCAUCGCAUUUCGGGUCGACGCACAGCCGAGCCACAGUGCAGCGGCAUCCAGUUCGGCGCAUGUGCUCACCGCCUCAUUGCAGCCUUUGGGUGGGGCCCUCCAUGCACCGAACGAGAGCGCGGACCCACAGGUGGUGAAGCGGGUCGCGUUGGUGCAGCUCUACGGACAAGAGGUCUUCGGCCGGCAUGAGCCCUGGAUCUGGAUGCACGGCGAGCUCGUGCCCCACUACCGCUAUCAACCCGUGGUCACCAUCUCGGACGUGUGGACAGAAUGGAUUGUGGGACUGAAUGGGCACAUCUCGGUGCACGAAUUGACGGAGAAGUGGGAGAAUCGCUGGUGCCACAACAACACGGGCCUGAAGACGGAAGGAGGACGCCAGAAGAAGAUCGUCGACCUGAUCAACGGUCUCAUGAAGAAGCCCCGGUGGUCCGUCAACCUCGCGCUGCUGUUCCUCAAAGAGAAAUACAAGCCGAGGUACAAGGUGCGCAGCUUCGCAGACUACCUCAUGAAGGACGGCAGGGCCGGAAGGGACGAGGUGGUGUCUGCCGCCAUGUCGUACCUGUGA